AAGUUUCCUCUAACUGUUAAGUCACUCUGAUCUGUGAGUUCCAGGCUCUUACAGUUGGACACACCUUGCCAGUGCCUCAGAAAGAUUCCAUGAUUGUCUUAAUGGAAAAUAUUGGGAAUGACACUGAUUGGUGGGAGUUGAUGGACGAGUUUGAAAAUUUCACUGGCACACCACCCACAGAAGAAUAUAGUCCCUGUAGGAUAGAGAUUGAAACACUCAACAAAUAUGCCGUAGUGGUCAUCUAUGCCCUGGUCUUCAUGCUGAGCCUGCUGGGAAACUCCCUGGUGAUACUGGUUGUCUUAUACAGUCAGGUCAGCCGAUCUGUCACUGAUGUCUAUCUGCUGAACCUGGCCAUAGCUGACUUGCUCUUCGCCCUGACCUUACCUAUCUGGGCUGCCUCCAAGGCAAAGGGCUGGAUCUUUGGCACAGCCCUUUGCAAGGUGGUCUCUUUUCUGAAGGAAGUCAAUUUCUACAGUGGUAUUUUACUACUGGCCUGCAUCAGUGUGGACCGCUACCUGGCCAUUGUCCAUGCCACACGCACGCUGACUCGGAAGCGGCACUGGCUUCAGUACGCCACCUGGUCCUGCCAGGGCUCUGAUCCAUUCAGGGAUUGUCCGUAA